CCAAAAUGUGAACCGUUGAGCUAGCUCUACUGCCUCCCAGUAAGAAGUACUAUAUAAGUCGCUCUAAGGCAUGCAACUUCCACACUCAGAAACCAACCUUCAUUCUACGUCUUCAACAAACUUCAACAAAGCCUGCUCAAAUAUUACCUUGAAUCUACAAUGGCUACAACAACUGUUAUGCAAUCGAUCCUUGGAAGCUCCGUCGCUUACGGAGCUGCGGGCAAGAACAGAUCACAGAUGAAACUACGGAGUACUGUUCCCGCUAGUUAUGCAGUAUCAAGCUAUCUCCGCGUGCGCUCUAUGGCUGAGGAUGGUCAAAAGAAGCAACCAACAACUGUAACAACAGCCUCAAAGAAUCCACAGCCAGCUGAAGCUCCUUCACCUCCUCCCCCUUCUACCAAGUUUUCAGACGUCUUUGCAUUUAGUGGACCAGCACCAGAGAGAAUCAACGGCAGGCUGGCGAUGGUGGGUUUCGUUGCCGCUCUGGCUGUCGAACUAUCAAAGGGGCAAGAUGUGUUUGCUCAGAUAUCCAGUGGCUCCGGAGUUCCAUUGUUCAUUGGCACUAGUGUUUUGCUAUCAGUGGCAUCGUUGGUCCCUCUAUUGAAGGGAGUAACCGUGGAGUCCAAAUCCAACGGGAUCAUGACCUCAGAUGCAGAGCUCUGGAAUGGAAGGUUGGCCAUGUUGGGUCUUGUAGCUUUGGCCUUCACCGAGUACGUGACCGGCACUACCCUAGUGUAGAGAACUGUCUCAUUGCUCCUUACAUUUCACAUGCCGGUUGCUAGCUUAUAGCUUAUAUGCACUCCCCUCUAGCUUUGGUCUUCACCACGUAUG